UGCAGCUUGUUUUGGCUCCUUGACUCCUCAGGAAGGACAAAAGAGACGGAUCCUGCAAACCUGGCGAGGAUGGAAGGGGGAAGGUGGACGGUUGACCUGGUGAGGUUGUCUCCUGCUUCCCUCCCCACAACCUCUGAGCGUUCCCUCCCAGGGACCUCCGAGAGAUCGGAUGGUGAUGAAUUGGAAGGGAAGAACAAGGGGGACCACAACAGAAUCCACAUAGAGGAGAAGCCAAAUAAAUAUUCAGAGUGUGGAGAGAACAUCCGUCAGAACUCCCAGUCCUCUUCUCAUCAGAGAAAGAGGUUCCUUCAGAGGAAUAGUCUCACUUCACACGAAAGAACACAGAGGAGGGAGAAAUUGUAUCAGUGCAGAGAAUGUGGAAAGAGCUUCAGUUUCAAGAAGAAUCUCACUUCCCAUCAAAGAAUUCAUACAGGGGAGAAACGCUAUCAGUGCUUGGAAUGUGGAAAGAGCUUCAGUCACUCUAGCCAUCUGACUUCCCAUCACAUAAUUCAUACAGGGGAGAAACCCUAUCAGUGCUUCGAAUGUGGAAAGAACUUCAGUUGCAGCACAUCUCUCACUUCCCAUCACAGAAUUCAUACAGGGGAGAAACCCUAUCAGUGCUUGGAGUGUGGAAAGAGCUUUCGUCUGAGCGCCUAUCUCACUUCCCAUCACAGAAUUCAUACAGGGGAGAAACCCUAUCAGUGCUUGGAAUGUGGAAAGAGCUUCAGUAAAGCCUCAAAUCUCAAGACCCAUCAAAGAAUUCAUACAGGGGAGAAACCCUAUCAGUGCUUGGAAUGUGGAAAGAGCUUCAGUUACAGUGGUGUUCUCACUUCCCAUCACAGAAUUCAUACAGGGGAGAAACCCUAUCAGUGCUUGGAAUGUGGAAAGAGCUUCAGUAACAAUGGUGAUCUCACUUCCCAUCACAGAAUUCAUACAGGGGAGAAACCCUAUCAGUGCUUCGAAUGUGGAAAGAGCUUUCGUCUGAGCGCUGAUCUCACUUCCCAUCACAGAAUUCAUACAGGGGAGAAACCCUAUCAGUGCUUGGAAUGUGGAAAAAGCUUCAGUCACUCUAGCCAUCUCACUUCCCAUCACAGAAUUCAUACAGGGGAGAAACCCUAUCAGUGCUUCGAAUGUGGAAAGAGCUUCAGUUGCAGCACAUCUCUCACUUUCCAUCACAGAAUUCAUACAGGGGAGAAACCCUAUCAGUGCUUGGAAUGUGGAAAGAGCUUCAGUCACUCUAGCCAUCUCACUUCCCAUCACAGAAUUCAUACAGGGGAGAAACCCUAUCAGUGCUUGGAAUGUGGAAAGAGCUUCAGUCAAGCCUCAAAUCUCAAGACCCAUCAAAGAAUUCAUGCAGGGGAGAAACCCUAUCAGUGCUUGGAAUGUGGAAAGAGCUUCAGUCAGAGGGGACAGCUCACUUCCCAUCAAAGAAUUCAUGCAGGGGAGAAACCCUAUCAGUGCUUGGAAUGUGGAAAGAGCUUUAGUCGCAGCCAACAUCUCACUUCCCAUCACAGAAUUCAUACAGGGGAGAAACCCUAUCAGUGCUUGGAAUGUGGAAAGAGCUUCAGUCAAGCCUCAAAUCUCAACACCCAUCAAAGAAUUCAUACAGGGGAGAAACCCUAUCAGUGCUUGGAAUGUGGAAAGAGCUUUAGCCGCCAAUUUAAUCUCACUUCCCAUCAAAGAAUUCAUACAGGGGAGAAACCCUAUCAGUGCUUGGAGUGUGGAAAGAGCUUUCGUCUGAGCGCCUAUCUCACUUCCCAUCACAGAAUUCAUACAGGGGAGAAACCCUAUCAGUGCUUGGAAUGUGGAAAGAGCUUCACUCAUAGCUCCAAUCUCACUUCCCAUCACAGAAUUCAUACAGGGGAGAAACCCUAUCAGUGCUUGGAAUGUGGAAAGAGCUUCAGUAAAGCCUCAAAUCUCAAGACCCAUCAAAGAAUUCAUACAGGGGAGAAACCCUAUCAGUGCUUGGAAUGUGGAAAGAGCUUCAGUAACAAUGGUGAUCUCACUUCCCAUCACAGAAUUCAUACAGGGGAGAAACCCUAUCAGUGCUUGGAAUGUGGAAAGAGCUUCAGUAACAAUGGUGAUCUCACUUCCCAUCACAGAAUUCAUACAGGGGAGAAACCCUAUCAGUGCUUCGAAUGUGGAAAGAGCUUUCGUCUGAGCGCUGAUCUCACUUCCCAUCACAGAAUUCAUACAGGGGAGAAACCCUAUCAGUGCUUGGAAUGUGGAAAGAGCUUCAGUCACUCUAGCCAUCUCACUUCCCAUCACAGAAUUCAUACAGGGGAGAAACCCUAUCAGUGCUUCGAAUGUGGAAAGAGCUUCAGUUGCAGCACAUCUCUCACUUUCCAUCACAGAAUUCAUACAGGGGAGAAACCCUAUCAGUGCUUGGAAUGUGGAAAGAGCUUUAGUCACAGCCACCAUCUGACUUCCCAUCAAAGUAUUCAUCACAAAACCCAUUGAGCAUCUCCACCCUCAUCGUUCUGCCCGGACACUGAGGUCCAGUACCGAGGGCCUUCUGGCGGUUCCCUCGUUGCGAGAAGCCAGGUUGCAGGGAACCAGGCAGAGGGCCUUCUCGGUGGUGGCGCCUGUUGUCUCUGUUACUAUAUAAGUCCCAGUUUUCCCCAUUCCUUGUGUUCUGGCUCUUACCUGUUCUUUGAAGUAAAGAGAUGUUGUACCAGAUCCUCGCCUCCUGCUUCUUAUUUGCACUGAGCUGAAAUCACUGAAGACCCACUACAGAACAGCGCCCGCCCUGUGGAACGCCCUCCCAUCAGAUGUCAAAGAAAAAAACAGCUACCAGAUUUUUAGAAGACAUCUGAAGGCAGCCUUGUUUAGGGAGGCUAUUAUUAUUAUUAUUAUUAUUAUUAUUAUUA